AUGCUUGUCUGCAACGCUCACCCGCCAGCGAACAAAAUCAUUCGCGAGAAUGACAAUCCCGACGAGGUUGUCAUGAUCGCUUCUUGCUCGAAAGGCUCUGGUGGGGACAUGAGGACGAAUGAUCGAAUAAUCUACUGGGCCGAUGACUGUGCGCGCCGCAACGGAAAAGCAAGCCAGGACACUAUUCUCCAAAGCGCGAUCAAGGACCCAGGGCGUCAUGAUGGAAUGGUCUAUCAUGUUGCUUGGCACGCCGGAACGGUUGAAAAUCCCGUAUCAGGAACCUUCCCCCAGGAUGGACGGGAGUUCAAAGUCUGGGGUCUUCCAAGCGACAGUUCAGCCAAGACCGAUGAGCCAGUGGCUGGGUCUGCCACUCUUGGAGGUGCUCCGUUCAAGUGCUACAAAGGAGAAGGAAAUCUCGCCACAACUUUCCAAGCCGGGGCCACAUGCGGCUCAGUCUUCACUUGUACCCGACUUGAACGCUGGAUACGAAAGACCGAGUUCUUGGUAGACGAACAGGUCACUUCGGGAAAAUGGUCUUCAACCUGCACGAACGACAUCAUCAACGCUCAAGAUGCAUUCGGGAAGCUUGGAGAAGCCAUGAAGACUCCAUGGGAAACCACAACCCGAUUCGACAUUGGUGGAGGCUGCUAUAUACGAUUCCCUGUGAUCGAUAUUCCAGACCCAAGCCCCAAUUUCCUCGACAAAACACCACAGGCAAUUGUGGACGUAAUGAAGAACCAAUUUGGUGGUGCUAUCGAGAAGAAUCGAACUAUGGGUGUGUCAUAUUGUGCUUUAUUGGAUAAGGAUGACAAGGAAAACAAUCCCAAUGAAAGGCGGCUGCAAGCUGCUACCUACCCUCGUGGUGGAUCCCUUCAAAUCUCAGUCGCGCAACAGUCCAACCCGGCAUGGGUUACACAGACUCGUGUUGACUUUCGGGUAGAUUGUGGCACGUGCAAGGACGAUGACAGAGGUCUGAUCCCGUACAUCUCCGGCAGCAUCAACACCUUUGGAGGCUUUAUCAACCCCAUCUUUGGGGCAACAUCUGCUGUCAUGUCAUUGGUUGAUCUUGGAUUGGGCAAAUGCUAA